GUGGCCCGCGAGGCUCGUCGCAGACAACGCGGCGGCGAUGUCCGCGAGCCAGGCGAGUGCCGCGGCGGCAGCGGCGGGGCCUCGCGCGCGGCAACGCGGCCUGGGCUUCGGCCUCUCUCCGGUUCCUUGGAAGCGGGCCGGCGGCCAGCGCGGCGGCAGCAGCAGGAGAGGCGGAGGCUCCAGUGCGUCUCUCUGCCUCUCAGCCUGAACCCGGGGAGGCCAGGCGGCCCGGGUGCGGCUGGAGAGGGUCCGCUGCCCGAGAAUGGGAAUUCUCUUCACCAGGAUAUGGAGACUGUUCAAUCACCAGGAGCACAAAGUUAUAAUUGUUGGGCUGGAUAAUGCAGGGAAAACUACCAUCCUUUAUCAAUUUUCUAUGAAUGAAGUUGUACACACAUCCCCUACAAUAGGAAGUAAUGUAGAAGAGAUAGUGAUUAAUAAUACGCGUUUCCUAAUGUGGGAUAUUGGUGGCCAAGAGUCUCUUCGUUCUUCCUGGAACACUUACUACACUAACACAGAGUUUGUAAUAGUUGUUGUGGACAGUACAGACAGAGAGAGGAUAUCUGUAACUAGAGAAGAACUCUAUAAAAUGUUAGCCCAUGAGGACCUAAGGAAAGCUGGAUUGCUGAUUUUUGCUAAUAAACAAGAUGUCAAAGAAUGCAUGACUGUAGCAGAAAUCUCUCAGUUUUUGAAACUAACAUCUAUCAAAGAUCACCAGUGGCAUAUCCAGGCAUGCUGUGCUCUGACUGGAGAGGGAUUAUGUCAAGGACUUGAGUGGAUGAUGUCACGACUUAAGAUUAGAUGAUCUCUACUGAUCUCUUUCUUAUAGACUUUGUGUAAAUGUGCUGGACUUUACCGGAAAGCUGCAAAAAUUAAUGGUUUAGCUAUAUUUAUAAUAAACUGAUUUAAACUUUUUCUAUAAGAAGAAAAAUUAAGACCACUUAUUUGAAAACAAAGAUGAAGUCUCACCUCCCAAUUUACUUCCUAUUAUUCCUUCCAAAGUAAGUUAUUAAAGCUGUGAUUGACAUUUUUCUCAUAAUGAAUCCUCUCAGGACAUUGUGUAGUCUGUGGUAAGUAUAAAGGGAGAGGAAUGCAUUGUGAACAUUUAAGAGCUUUGGUAUCAGUAUAACCCUCCCUCUUUGAAUGUUAUUAUCUUCUUGUUCCAUUUAAGUCAAAAUACAAAUCAGCACAGAAACUUGGUUUCCAAUAUUUUAAAAUGUAACAUUACUUAUGAAAAGUAUUUUUGCGUAAGUUUGUGUAUGUAUUGUAUAUAUACCUCAAGUUAAUGGCUUUGGUUUAUGUGCUAAAGAAAGCAAGUAACACAAAAAGUAAUAAUAUCCUUAGAUAUAAACGUAAUGAGAUGAGUACUGGCAUUGGUGGUAAGUGCCAUUUUGUGUGUUUUCUCUUUGUCCUCUGUAUUAUACCCAUCUUCAAAUCAUCCAGCUGCUCUUAAAAACAAACAGGACAAGUCAAAGCUUGAUACUUGGUGCCUCUUCUUUGUUACUCAGUCCCACAGAUAAAAACAUGUAACCCAACUAAAUGGAAUAUGUAUCCAGCUCUUAUUUAGUAUUACUAUUGGACCGAAUUGUGCAAUGAGCAGUUACCAGAUUAUUCCUUUCGUUGGUCAUUAUGCCAUCUAAAUUGCUAAACAUUGUAAUUUAUGAAUCAGUCAUUAAUUAUAAAAAAAACUAUGAAGUGAUUUCUUUUUAGUAUUAAUUGCAUACUGGUAGGAAAUAUGUCUACCCAGAGAAGUAAUGCUCUUUAAAUAUUUUUUAAUAAUUCAGCUACAGUCUUUGCAAAGUAUUAAAUUGUAUUUCAAGCAGUUUAACAAAUUGUAGAGUAAGAGUAAGGCAUAUCCAAGCAACAGCAUUAAUCACUGAAUUUGUAAAUUGCUUUUGUUUGAUUGUAAAAGUUGCAAUAAUUUGAUUUUUUUUUUGUAAAAUUUAUUGUAUCUUCUUCCACACAGAUAUGUUGACAACUAGAAAAUGUGAAUGUUUUUUGAAUGCUUUUAAAAAUUUGAUAUAAAAAUUAAUUGAUGUAAUGUAUUAUUUGUACUGGGAAGUAACUUGAUCUAAAAUACCUUCUAUAUUUGCUUCUGAUAUUUUAUUUGGUAUCUAAAAGUUGAGGUAUUUCCAUCCUAACAGUAAGUGAACAUCCUAAAUAUGUUACAGUAUUCUUGGGCACUCUAUGUAUCUUUCAUAUCCGGAAUCUGAAAAUUAAUCCAAAUUGUCGUUUUAUCGAUUUAGAAUAUUCAAGGGAAAAAGAUAACUGCCUUUAGAACAGUGUUUUAAGUUUCAUAAAAAUUUUGGUGAGGAGCAAUAUUACAUACUGUAUGCAUUGAAAAAACUUUCCAAGUUCUUUUUUUUUUUUACCAGAUAUAAUACUUGGUAUCUAAAUCCAGCUCGGACAUGAGAGAUCAGUAUUUAACAUUGGAUGUCUUAUGUUUACUGUUAUAGUCAAAAUGCAACUAUAACAUUGCGUAUUUGUCAGUAUGCUUUUAAGGUUUGUUCAUAUGAUCUCAUUUUUAAAAUAACUGUACUAAUUGUAAAUUUAAAAUUCCCUUUUGAAAAAAUUCUAAAAAUUAAAAAAAAAACUGAAUUUCUGUAGAAGCCCAAAUCUGUUUAUCAGAGAUAGUCUGCAAUCACUCAGCCAUGCAGAUCUAUACCUGUUAUCUUUUUCAUUUUAAAAUUUGAAUAGUUUCUUGAUUGCUGGCACAUCAAUACAGUGCAGCACCAGCACAUUCCUUGUCAUCAGGGUAUUGGCUAACAUUUGUUCUUAACUGGAUGUUUAAAACAUGCCCUAUGUUUUUAUAUUUGGUUUAGUAUAAUAAAUUAUUGAGGUAAUAUCAUGGGAAUGCACAGAAGCUUCUGCUGCAUUUUAAAACCACAAUUUUGUUGCUUUCUACCUAUGUAGGCUAAGUAUUUAAAGGUAGGUGAUGUUUAUAUAUGAACAUAAAGCUGAAAUGACAGUUGGGAAAAAUAAGACUUACAUUCAUGGCUGAAGAUGUCAGCAUCAUUUUAACAGUGUUAACUUUCAGAUAAGAUAGAGGGCUUCAUCAGUAGUCACAAAGGUAGUUCAUAUUUAGUUUGAGUGGUUUUAAAGGGCAGUACUUUUUGAAUUUGUAACAUGUUACUUGGGAGUGUAAACAUAUCAUUUAUAAUCACUGUGUUCAUGUUUAGUGGAGCUAAGAUUUAUCUGUACAUGUGGCUAGAUUUAAAUAUCCUGUUUUGAUACUAAUUUUCAGAGUCAGAGAACUUGAUAUCUUGGUAAAGGAAAACCUACUAAAUGUGCAUUGAUUUACUUUUGCCAUGACCACAUUUAUGAAGUAUACUAAUACAUUAUAUUAAGGUUUGAGAUUUUUAGUUCUUUUUCUCUCCCAGUACAACUUAGCCUUCAUCGUGGACAAGCAAAAUAAUAAUGAAGGCAGGGGAUUUGGGAGCAGUGGGAAAUGGGUAUUCAUUUUAUUAUGACAUUUUGCCUUAAGAAUAAAAAUGUGCUUUGGCACUGCUGGCUGGCAUUUUCAAUGAAGGUAGUAAAGUGACUUUAGAGGUGUGGCGUGGACUGCAGGGAGAAGUUUCUGACUUCUGGCCUUUUGAGGACUGCCUGGUAUAGGUAGUUCGGUGAGAUUCAGAAAAGCACAGGGCACCGAGAAAAGGCAGAAGUUCUUGACAUGUUUUUUCCUUUUUGUCUGAGUGUGUAAUAUUAAUUAAGAUGCCUAGAAAUGGGACUUUUGUCCUUUCUCUUAUAGGCACUUUACAUUUUUGCUGUUACUACAGCAACCACAUACAGUACAGACAACCUCAAAAUCUGUUUAUAUUAGUGUAAAUAGAAAAAUUGUAGGCAACUCUAGUUUUCUCUGCAGGCAUUUUUAGGAAUGUAUCUGUAGUAAGUUCUGCUCUGUAUAUAGAGGAUAGCAGCACACCAUAGAUUAUCAGUGAUCUUUGGGGUCAUCUUCUCUGAAUUACCUAAUUGUUUCGUGGCAUCAAUCCCUUUCUGAAAACUGAGUGGAGAUAAGGUGGUUCUUCAUGUGCCUGAACUUUGAUCCUUUCUACUCUGCAAAUACAGUCUGGAACUUCUUGCUUCAAGGGUUGGAUUUCCCAUAUCAGCUGUCCCUAGCCCUCUUGUUAUCUUUGUUCACCAUCAAGUGAAAAUAUUCCAUCUUGAUCCUGCAGAAUUCUGAACAUUGCUUAUAGUCAGUGAACCCCAAAACACUAGUUUUUAGGAAGCUUCUCUAGUUUCUUGCUGUCCUCCCACAAGUAGCUGAUUCACUUAAUUGGACCUUACUAAUGAGAAAGCUUUGUCAGAGUUGUUGGGUCCAUCAGAACAGCCUGCAGUGCAUACAACAUAUAGAUGCCUGUAGUAAAAGCUCUUUAAGUUACACUGUAUUUAACAUAUUAGUGCUUCUUAAUUUUAACUUCAUAUACUGAGUAGAUUUGGAAAGAUAAGACUCUACCAGCUCCUUGAGAUAUUAUUUAGGUGUGGCAAAUAUAUUAUGUAUGAAUUAGCUUACCAUUGACAAGGGUGACUAUGCUGUGGAGAAUACCAGUUCAGCCACAUUGAGUUGGAAAAAUAUGCCAGAAAAAACCUAUACAUAGUAUUUUACCUAAAGGCGUCCUUAAGACCAUACCCUACCCACAUUCCAUUAUUUUCUUCAUCUUUACUUUAAAAAAGAUGUGUAUUAGCUAUCUAAAGAAAUUAGUAAUGAAAUGCUUGUCUUUACAAAGUCUGUUGAAAUAUGCUUUAAGACAUCAUGCCUUGGCUAUUGUUAGAUGCAGAUAUAAUAUGAAAAAUAAAUGUUUACAGUUCCACUUAUAUGAAGAAAAGUAUAUUAUGCUCCCUCAAGGAAUGUUUGGUAGGUUAAGACCUUAAUAACAUAGUAAAGGAAAGCCAAAAUUUAGAGCUUUUAAAUACUUCUAUUUGGCCCUAAAAACACAUGGAAUUGUGAUAAGAUGUAACAAAUUGGAUUAGUUGUAUAAUAUUUAUUAUCAUUUGUCUAGCCCUUGUGUAUUGUAAAAACUAAGUCUUGCAUAGUAUUACCUGAUAGGUAACCAUUCUUUUGUUAAAAAAACAAAACAAAAAAUAUUCAUAGUCUGUACUCAAGAAGUGCCUACAACUGAUUUGUGUUUGAUUUUCAAGCCCCUCUAAUAAAUUAUAUCUGUUUUCUAUGGUAUUGUAUGUUCUUUUCUUACUGAUGUAACAGUCCCGAGGGUCUCUCUAAAUAUCUCUGCUUUAUUUGGAUGAAAAGCCUUUGCAUGAAAUGCAUGCACCCAAACCUCAACAAACCAUAGUGAGGGAGUUCGCACCAGUAAAACAGCUGAAAUACAGUCUGAAGUUGGCAUUAGUCAAUGCAGACUGGGAACCUGAACUCUCUUCUGUCUUUUUACAUCACUUUUAUGUGUGAAAAUCAUAGAAGUUUAUUGCUUACCUAACAGGAGUAGCUUCUUAAUCUUCAGAUAGUGGUUAGUAAUUUUCAUUAUUGUUGUUUAAAUCUUGAGCCCUUUUGUUUGUAUACAUAUCCACCAAAAUCUCUCCUCUCUUUUGAUUCUAUAAUCUUACUGUAUCUCUUAUAUAUUCUUCCAGUUUUAAAAAAAAAACAAAUUCUGGGUAAAGCUUGACAGUUAUUUUCAGUGAUAGACAAUCACAUUGUGUUUCACAUUGUAAAUCAUCUGCAUGGAAAGUGAAACAUGUAUCUGAUUUUUACCUAUUCUAUUAACAUCCCUUCCCUCAAGCCUCUUACGCUGAUGCCAGACAGAAUUCCUCUAUUUUUGCUCACACCCAAUCCUCUUAAGUGGGAAUAACCUACUUUUAUAUUAUGUCCCUCUAUGGUUUCAUGAGAUGAUGUGAUACCUGCAGAGUACUGUGAAAGAUAUGGUUUAGGUUUCUGUCCAGGAUAGACCUCGAGAGGGCAGCUAUGCCUGAUGGGGGCUCAUCUGGUUGCUAGAGAUGAGAAAAACGUAUGCUGUUAUUUUACUAAUCAGUAAUUUUAAUUGAUGAGUUCUUGUUGGCUAAUCUUUCUUACCAUGUUUACCUAAGGAAGUCUAGAUAAAGAUGUGAUCCAACUCAUCUCUUUGUCUAACACCAUCCUCUCCCUCCCCAAAUUGAACUCUGUGCGUACUGUCUAACAAACUGGAAAGCCUUUAAAAACAAGUGUAGGUUUAUGGGACUGUCCAAAACUUUAAAAGGUUUUCACUAAAGCCUUGCAUAGAGUAGUAGGAGGAAAUGUUGUCUUUCAUUGUUAACAUUUUGCAAACAUGUUUCUCUGCUAGAGAAGUUCCAUGUAUAGGGAGUGUUCCAAGAAGUGAGAAUCUCUGGGCACUUGGGAUGCUUUUCUGUUUCCUCAGUGCUAUUGAGUUCAGUGUCUAUGGAAAUAAUGCUUCAAAGCCUUCUUGACAAGCUCCAUGGUUGCUGGGGAGUAUUUGUGCCGAGGAAGGAUUGGAGUGGGAGACCUCCCCAUUGGUAAAGCAGUGUGAUGAGCUGCUUUGCAGUUAUGCAACUUCAUGACACUGUGACAGCGUUUUUGUGGCCAUUGAUAACUGAACUGUCAAGCAAUGCAAGGUGUUGGUCAGGUGACCAAUGGGGGGAUUUUGUUGAUUCUGAAAUGGAGGAAUAAUGUCAAGCUACUUUGGGGGAAAAUAGAAAAUAGCAUUCUCCUGGUGAGUUUCUCUAUGUAAUGUGUACAUUAACUUUUUUAAAAAGUUGCAUGUUAAAUCUGUAUCAAAUAUUGUCUCUUUUAUGCUUUGCGUAAAAAGGAAAAAAAUGUUACUCUGUUAUGUACUAUUCCAUAUACCUUUUCUUUUAGAAAGGGUUAAUUAUAAUUACUAUUCCCA